AUGGUCUACGGAAUCGGCCGAGCCGAGGCUGUAGCGGGGUGGUCGGCGACAGACGACGCGCAGGCGCCGGAGGACAUCCGAGCACCAUGGUACUGUGCAAAGGCGGACGAGCGGUGGGCGCGGGCCGAUGGUGUGCAGAUCUUCCAGCCCAGCCCGCUUACCGACGAGGUCGCCGUCACGGGCGAGACGACGCGCGAGCAGCGCGAAGCCGAGAAGCGCAAGAACGCGAUCGACCUCGAGGGCACCACCUCGGACGCGGCCAUCGACCGGCGCCGGAAAGAGCUGCUGAAGCCGGCGUUGGAGGAGUAUAACGACGACAAGAUUGAUGGGGUGGAGCUUGACCAGCGCAAAAAGGCGGCGCGCGAGCAGGCGGGGCCGCGCUUGCCCCCUACUAGCGCGCUCUUAUGUGUUUUUGCCAAGUCCACAUAA